AUACAAUAGGUCUUCCCCCUCUCCGUCCGAGUAAAGAGAAAAAAGAGAGACGAAGACCCCUAUAGCUAAGACAAAGACAAUAUUCAUUCAUUCAUCAUUUUGUGUGUGUGUGUGUGUGUGUGUGUGUGUGUUUCCUCUGCGUUCUUUUUCUUCUUCUUUAUUCUACUACUACUACUACUACUACUACUACUACUACUUGUCUAUACGUUGUUGUUUGUCUGCCGGUGGAGGUGAGUGGGUUCAACUCGGUGGAGCUGCGCGUGGUGGAGUUUGUGUACAGCUUCAGAAUCGAUCGGGUGUUAGGAGUUGGAACACUUGCGCGCACCUCGACUAAUUCCCCGGGAUACCUGCCACUUCCCACCAGCAACAGGUACCAGGAUUAUGGAGAGUGAAGUUUGACUGUGCCAAUCUUCAUGCAGUAUAAAUAAGCUAGACUUGAAGCUUUUGUGCUGCAGCAGAUUUAUCAGAGAAAAUGUUGGAGGCUCCAAAGUUAGCAGGACUUAUCGACUUAAAUGAGAACCAUGAUAAUUAUGGCAUCACUCAAAAUUUUUACCAUAAGCUUGGCGAGGGUUCAAACAUGUCAAUCGACAGUUAUGGGAGCUUGCAAAUGAGCAUUGGUGGAGGUUCGGUUGCGAUGUCAACGGAUAACAGCAGUGUUGGAUCAAAUGGUUCCCACACACGUAUUUUAAACCACCCGGGCCUCAAGCGCGUCCGCAAUAACUAUACCACAGCAGCUAGUGUAAAUAGGGGGAGAGUUUCUCAAGGGUUGAGUGAUGAUGCCCUAGCUCAAGCUUUGAUGGAUCCUCGAUUUCCUACCGACGGGCUUGAGAAUUAUGAUGAGUGGACAAUUGAUUUGAGGAAGCUAAACAUGGGUCCAGCUUUUGCUCAGGGGGCUUUUGGGAAACUCUACAAGGGAACAUACAAUGGUGAGGAUGUUGCUAUCAAGCUUCUAGAGAGGCCAGAAAAUGAUCUUGAGAGAGCUCAGUUGAUGGAGCAGGCAUUUCAGCAGGAAGUCAUGAUGUUGGCAAGGUUGAAGCAUCCAAACAUAGUGCGUUUUAUUGGUGGAUGCCGUAAACCUAUGGUCUGGUGUAUUGUGACUGAAUAUGCGAAAGGGGGAUCAGUGCGUCAGUUUCUGGCCAGGAGACAAAAUCGAUCAGUGCCCUUGAAGUUAGCGGUGAAGCAGGCAUUAGACGUGGCAAGGGGGAUGGAAUAUGUACAUGGCCUGAAUCUGAUACACCGUGACCUGAAAUCUGACAAUCUACUGAUUGCUGCGGACAAGUCGAUCAAGAUUGCAGAUUUUGGGGUUGCUCGUAUUGAAGUGCAGACUGAAGGAAUGACACCAGAGACUGGAACAUACCGCUGGAUGGCUCCGGAGAUGAUCCAGCAUCGAGCUUACACCCACAAAGUCGAUGUUUAUAGUUUUGGCAUCGUUCUGUGGGAACUCAUAACAGGGAUGCUUCCCUUCCAGAAAAUGACCGCUGUGCAGGCAGCUUUUGCUGUUGUCAACAAAGGUAUUCGUCCAGCAAUCCCCAAUGAUUGUUUGCCUGUCCUAAGUGAGAUCAUGACCCGCUGCUGGGAUGCUAACCCUGAUAAUAGGCCACCAUUCUCUCAAGUGGUCAGAAUGCUCGAGGUCGCAGAGACAGAGAUCAUGACAACUGUCAGAAAGGCCCGUUUUAGGUGCUGCAUAAGCCAACCGAUGACUACUGAUUAAUGUGGGAAGAGGAAUCUAGAAGCAGUAAGAACAGGAGUAAAGAAUUUUGGGAAGGCCAAAAAAACAUCUGAUUUUAAGUCCUUUAUGUGUAUCUAUUAGGCAUAAUUUCUUUGUUCGAUAGGAAAGGGAGUAAGUUAUGAGAACUUUUUGUUUCAUUGUUGUAUCCUUUUAACCCCCCCUCCCCCUCCCCCUCCUUUCUCCUUUGAUUUAAGAUGCUGAUAAGUAGUAGAAGAGAGGGUUGAUGUGUAUCAUACCGGUCCUUUUAUGGCAUUGUAGACCUUAUCCUUUGUUGUUAUUAAGUUUGAAUGUAUAAGGUCCUAAAGAA